AUGGCGCCAAAAAACAGUCAAUCGUCGCAGCCAAAGUCGUCGCAGAAAGCCACGCAACCGACCAUCUCGAGCUUCUUCACAAAGAAACCGUCGCAAACGCCCGAGUCGGCACCCAAGCCUGCUCCAAAGGCGCCUGCUCCACCCCCCAUUACCGACCCAAACCAAGACGACGACAACGGUGACGACGAGGAUGGUUUACCCGUCUCACAGACCAUCCCCGUCCGCAAGCGCGCGAUAGACGAGGACAAUGUUCAGGAAACCCGACGCUCUUCCCCCUCCAAGCGCGUUAGAUUCGACAAGGGCGAUUCGCCGCGACAGGCGUCUGCACCUAAACCCCAAAAAAUCACUGAUCGAACUUCCAAGUUUCUCUUCUCCUCGUCACCUCCCGCACGGGACGAGAGCCGUCAAGAUGACGAAGAGGAAGCCGCGCUCUCGCAGAGGCAGAAGGAGAGGCUACACGACAAGUUCGUCAAGAAGCUGGGUCGACCAGAUAGCUUUGCCGAACUCAGGAGGCGCAACAAGAUUAUAUCCGACGACAGUCCCAAUGCCAAUGGCGAGGAAGGCGAUGGAGACGAGGAUGAAGAGGAUGAGCCUGCCCAGAAGCCCACCAAGGGAAAGAAGGGCGCUGUGACCAAGAAGGCGAGCAAGCUGACACCCAUGGAAAUACAAUAUUUGGACAUCAAGCGCAAGCAUCUUGACACAAUCAUCGUCAUGGAGGUUGGCUACAAGUACAAGUUCUUUGGCGAGGACGCAAGAACCGCGUCCAAAGCGCUGGGCAUCGUCUGUAUACCAGGAAAAUUCAGAUACGACGAGCACCCUUCCGAAGCACACCUCGAUCGAUUCGCAUCUGCCAGUUUUCCUACACAUCGUCUACAGGUCCAUGUUAAACGUCUCGUACAGGCGAAUCACAAGGUUGGUGUAGUACGACAGCUAGAGACGGCCGCGCUUAAAGCGGCAGGUACCAACAGAAAUGCCCCCUUUGUACGGAAACUCACAAAUCUUUAUACCAAGGGUACGUAUGUGGACGACGUUGAGGGCCUGGAAGCCCCCACCGAAGGCUCUGGCGCUAGCGUACAGUCGACUGGAUAUCUCCUUUGCAUCACCGAGAGCAAUGCGAAAGGAUGGGGUACGGACGAGAAAGUUCAUGUCGGCUUAGUGGCUGUUCAGCCGGCGACCGGCGACAUAAUCUACGAUGAUUUCGAAGAUAGUUUUAUGCGCAGCGAGAUUGAGACACGGUUACUCCACAUUGCGCCAGCCGAGUUCUUGGUCGUAGGCGACCUGUCUAAAGCCACAGAAAAGCUUAUACAACACCUGUCAGCUAGCAAGACCAACGUCUUCGGAGACAGAUCGCGGGUCGAGAGGGUAGAAAAGCCAAAGACCAUGGCUGCGCAAGCCUACAGUCACAUCUCAAACUUCUAUGCAGGUAAAAUGAAGUCCAGCCAGGAAGCCGACUCCGACAAGCAAGGCGCAAUCCUCGACAAAGUACAUCAGCUAUCAGAGCAUGUGACUAUAUGUCUCUCAUCAAUGAUCACAUAUCUUAGCGAGUAUGGGCUAGAACAUGUUUUCGAUCUCACAAAGUACUUCCAACCCUUCAGCGCCAGGUCGUACAUGUUGCUGAACGGCAACACUCUAUCCAGUCUGGAGAUCUACCAGAAUCAAACAGACUACACUUCGAAAGGCAGCUUGUUCUGGACCAUGAAUCGGACGAAGACUCGCUUUGGACAGCGGUUGCUGAGAAAGUGGGUCGGCCGGCCACUGAUAGACAAAGAGAGAUUAGAAGAGCGCAUAGCGGCGGUGGAGGAACUCAAGGAAGGCGAUAACACCAUACCUGUGGAUAAACUGAAAUUCGUGCUCGGAAAAAUCAGAACCGAUCUGGAAAAGGUACUCAUUCGCAUAUACUACAAGAAGUGUACAAGGCCGGAGCUAUUGGCAGCUUUGCAGAGUCUGCAGGAGAUAUCGAGCCAGUACCUGUCGGCGAAGACACCCGAACAGAGUGGCUUCUCCUCCUCACUCCUGAGCGAAGCAGUUUCGAAUGUUCCAAAGAUAUACGAUGACUUGAACAGCUUUUUGGAGAAGAUCAACGCUCAAGCUGCAAAAGACGAUGACAAAUAUUCGUUCUUCCGUGAAGAGCAUGAGGCAGAAGAUAUCAACGACCUGAAGCUGAGCAUCGCCUCUGUGGAAGACGACCUCAAUACGCAUCGAAAGGAUGCGGCUGCGAAGCUGGGGAAAAGCCAAGUAGUCUACGUCACAGUUGCUGGAAUCGAGUACUUGAUCGAGGUCAAGAGGAAGGCACCCGAAGAGAAGAAAGUACCUGCUUCAUGGCAACAGAUCUCAGCCACAAAGACGACCCUGCGUUUCCACACUCCAGAAGUCAAACGUAUGCUCCAAGAACGAGACCAGUACAAAGAGUCGCUCGCUGCAGCAUGCGAAAAAGCCUACAUAGGCUUGUUAGAAGACAUUUCAUCCAAGUAUCAACAGCUCCGAGACUGUGUAGCCUCUUUGGCAACACUCGACGCCCUCCUUUCCUUGGCCACGUUGGCGAAUCAGCCGGGCUAUGUGAAGCCUACUUUCACAGACGAUAUCGAGCUCAACAUCACCGGUGGUCGGCACCCCAUGGUCGAGCAACUACUCCUCGAAAACUACGUUCCCAAUGACCUUUCCCUCUCCCACAACUCCACGCGAGCUCUCCUCAUUACUGGCCCCAAUAUGGGCGGCAAAUCCUCGUACGUACGAUCUGCAGCUUUGAUCGCAAUCAUGGGUCAAAUCGGUUCCUACAUCCCGGCUACCGAAGCGCGACUAGGUAUGCUAGACGCGGUUUUCACCCGUAUGGGCGCCUUUGACAACAUGCUCAAAGGCGAAUCAACUUUCAUGGUCGAGCUCAACGAAACCUCGGAUAUCCUCAAAUCCGCGACACCGCGUUCCCUCAUUAUCCUGGAUGAGCUGGGUCGUGGCACAUCAACCUUUGACGGUGUCGCCAUUGCGGAAGCAGUGCUUGAUUACGUUAUCCGGGACCUGCAGUCGCUCACGCUGUUCAUCACGCAUUACCAGCAUCUGGCCAAACUCUCAGGUCGCUUCUCCAAUGGUGAGCUGAAGAACGUCCAUAUGCGCUUUGAAGAGCAGAAUGGUGGAAAGGAGGUCGUGUUUCUAUAUGAAGCCACAGAGGGUAUAAGUCAUCGAUCUUACGGCUUGAACGUAGCGCGAUUGGCAAGGGUACCUGAGAAGGUCAUCGAUGUGGCGGAAGUAAAGAGUACGGAGCUAGAAGAAAGCAUGGGGGCUUGUAAGCUGGGGAACCUGUCGCGCAUGAUGAAGGGUUUGUUGACUGACGAAUCAGAAGCAAGUCUUGAUAGGCUUGUCGAAGGCAUUGAGCAGCUGUAA